ACGUGUCUCUCCUCACUUCAGGGACUCAGAUUUCCAUAAGAAAGCCGACCAGAAACCUCCGUUAAACUCUUCAAAGUCCAAAGCUUCACAAUUCUCUCUCUCUGUCGCUCUGAAACUGUGACGAUGUCGUUUUUAAACCGUGUUCUGAGAGCGAGAGCCUUGUCAUCAACAGAGACAUUACUAUUCGUAUCUCGACCUUUCUCUUCGUCUUCUUGUGUUAAUUCCGGAACUGACCUUCAACUAGGUGCGUCUUUUCCUACCAAGCCUCCGUCUUCUCUUACGAAAAUCUCCAAGGACAGAAAUGUCCAAUGGGUUUUUCUCGGUUGCCCCGGCGUCGGGAAAGGUACUUACGCUUCUAGGCUCUCCAAUAUGUUGGGAGUCCCUCACAUCGCCACCGGUGAUCUCGUCCGCGAUGAGCUCGCUUCGUCGGGCCCACUUGCCUCUCAGCUUGCAGAAAUUGUGAAUCAUGGGAAAUUAGUUUCAGAUGAAAUAAUAAUAAAUUUAUUGUCGAAGCGUCUUGAAGCUGGAGAAGCCAAGGGUGAAUCUGGAUUUAUUCUUGAUGGUUUUCCUCGAACUAUAAGACAGGCGGAAAUAUUAGAGGGAGUGACGGACAUUGACUUGGUGGUGAACCUGAAGCUGCAGGAAGAGGCGUUGGUUGCAAAAUGCCUUGGAAGAAGAAUAUGUAGUGAGUGCGGGGGAAACUACAAUGUUGCUUGUAUUGACAUCAAGGGUGAAAAUGGCAGCCCUAGAAUGUACAUGGCUCCACUUCUUCCCCCUGCGCAUUGUGAAUCAAAGCUUAUCACUCGACCUGAUGACACUGAAGAAGUUGUCAAGGAACGGCUUCGUAUAUAUAAUGAGAUGACUCGGCCAGUGGAGGAGUUCUACCGCAGUCGUGGGAAGUUGUUAGAGUUCAAUCUUCCAGGCGGUAUCCCUGAAUCCUGGCCAAAGCUGCUUCAAGCUCUGAAUCUUGAAGACCAUGAUGAUAAACAAUCUGCAGCAGCAUGAGUUUUUAGAAUCCUGUAGUAUAUUUACAAAGUAAAUUAGAUCAUUCUUUGCAAGUGUAGGAAGUGCAUGCAUAUUAUUUUUACAAAGAAGCAAAUGAACAUUUAUUUGCAGUUAGUGGAAAGACAGCUACACUAAUACUAGUUAUAGUUCCCUUUCGAGGGUUUGGAGAUGUGUAUGACGGUUAUGGUGUCCGAGAUGAAGAUGAUGUCCUGCUGUUCUUAAUGAUAGUUGGCCGACAGAUGGUUUAGUU